AUGUCUCAAUCCAUGGCUCUGAAUCCUAAAUUCAAUUCGAAUGACGGGAAAAGGAUGAUAAUCACCAUAUUAGAAUUUUUGCUGCGUGAAUCAAAUAUUUCAGGUAAUUUGAGAAGAUACUAUCUGAAGAAAUCAAUCGAUAGUUUGCAGAAGGUUUACGCCGUGAAACUAAAUUAUUAUUCUUGCUUGCAGAAUCUAAAGCCUUUGGAAGAAAUUUAUAGGACAGUCAUGCACCCGAUUCCCAUCCAGCAUCGUCUGUUUGCUGAAACCUGCAAUAAAACGGGAAAUUCCUUGAUGGAAAAUAAAAGAUAUAAAGAGGCUGAAGAAGAAUAUACAAAAGCUUUGCAGUUUUAUCCUUCGAAUCCCGUUUAUUUUUGCAACCGAGCAGCUUCUAGCAUAAAGCAAGGAGAAACCAUGAAUGCAGUGCUAGAUUGUCAAAAAGCUUUGGCUUUGGAUAACACGUACAUGAAGGCAUAUGCCCGUCUUGGACAAGCUUAUUUUUUCCGAGAUCGGGUAGACAAAGCAAUAAGAUGCUUUCGAAAAGCUCUAAAAUCAGAACCUGGCCAUGACCAAUAUCAAAACGCAUUAAUGGCACUUAUCCGCUACAGGAAAGGUGGCAAAGCGGGGAUUUUAAAUCCUCUUUUUAGAUUCAGAAAAAGCCACACCCAGUUCGGUUAUCUUAAUUUUCAGUGCAAUCGUUGCAAAGGUACUCACAGGGCAGUCUGCACAGAAGAUGCUUUCAAAGAAUUAUGGAUCUCAGAGCCACUUGAUUAAAUCAAAUUUUUGAUAACGCUGAUGUAUCUUUAUUUUAUUCUU